UUGGGCAGAAGCGAAGUAAGUGAUGCGGCACGUGUUCGGCCUUGAUCGGCGGGCUCUGACAGCAGAAGGCUCGCCAUCCGAGUCGCCACUUCCUCUCUUUUGCUACUACUUACAUCGCCAGACAUGUUUGGUGGCUGGACACGCAUUAUUCCAGAGAUCUCGAUUUUUCACAACGCAAAGUCUCCGCCCUCCAACAAGGCAAGGAAACUAGCUCGCAAGCAAGCAACAUUGCUGAUAUGCAUGCCUCAGGCCCUCACCCUCCUCCGCUCCGCGCUGUCCGCACCUUAUCCUCCUGGUACCUCUUCCAAACCGCUCGAAUUCAAACUCGACGUCGUUGAGGGCGCACCGACCUCCGAUCAACUCAAGACGAUCCUUUCGUUCCUCCCCACCAAAACCGACGUGCCCGCCGCCUCCGUGUUCCUCUCCGCUCAUCCGUCAUCGACGUCAUCCACUCAUGCCGACUUGUCCGAAGUGUCCAAACUCGGACGAGACGUACCUGAUGCGCUCAAGUGGCCUGUCGUCGUUGACUGGAAGGCGGGGAAGGCGAGUAUCGGUGACGUCAACGGUGUGACGAGUAUCUUGGAGGAGAUUAGGAGGGCACGGGACAAGGAUGCCUAA